UGGUGAAGAACUGUAAUGAUGGAGCACGGAGGAUGGAGCGGACGGAGCAGAUGUACACCAUCCAGAAACAGAUGGAGUUUGGUAAAAUCAAGCCUUUCCCGUUAGUGUCGUCGUCUCGCUGGCUGAAGAAGAGUGGCGAGCUGGCUGCGUACACUGAUGAUCUCAGCAUUUUCAGGAAGGCGUUCGGCUACAAGAGCUUCUACCUGUUCCUCUUCAAUGAUGUGCUCAUCGUCACAAAGAAAAAGAGGUCAGACCAGUGUCGCCGUACUUCAUUCAGUGUCCACUCAGUCAACACACAGCACUCUUUUCAGUUAAUAAUUCUGGCGUUGACCAUGUAACUGUUUCAGAAGUAUUUCCAGUGGCUUGGGCUGUUUUCAUCAAGACGCUUAUUCUGUGGCAAUAGGAAGUUGUUCAAGGGAUAGUUCACUUUGAAAUACAUUUUUUG